AUGACUUACUAUAAUUGCUUCCUCUCUAAAGAAUAUCUCCAUGACAAUCAUCGCGCUUCCCACACCCCUCAUUUUGGAUAUGCACAUUACAACAUGAGUGAUCCAGAAAAUGACAGCACUUCUUUCCAUAUUAUUGAAUGGGUGGAAACUGCUCUGAAUACUUCUGAAAUAUCAGAAAUGUCUUUUCCAGAUAAUCCAGAUAAUUUAACACAAAAUCUUAUCAAUGGUUUCAUUGCCCUUAUUUGCAUUUUAGCCCUGAUAGGAAAUGGAAGAACCAUUUAUCUCUUGGCCUUUUCCAUUAAGAGGAAUUCUUACAUCCUGAAUCUCUCCAUCGCUGAUUUUGGGAUCUUCACAUCCCUCAUUGUGGCAGCUAUGUUUGUGGGGGUGUCAACUGUUCAUAAAAGAACUUAUAUUGUCCAACCCUUUUUCUUCUUCUUCUUCUUUUUUUUUAGUUCUUUUCCUUCACCUAUUUCUGCUAGCCAGUUUCUGCUGACGGCCAUCAGCCUGGACAGGUCUGUGGCUGCCUUCCUCCCACUCUGGCAUCACUGCCAUCGUCGCCAUAUCUCUCCACUCUUGUUUAUGUGGUUGCUUGUUUGUGGCCCCAUCUGGAUCUUCUCCUUCUUGCUCUCUGCAGCACACUUCAUUCUUCACCAGACCAGAAGCUCUGGAAAUUCACCUUUGCUUUACCAGCUUAUUGUGAAUGUCUUAUUUUGUACACCUCUCAUGGUUUUGUCUACUGUGACCCUCUGGAUUCACAUGAGGUCUAAAUCGCAAUGCAAACAAAGGAACCUCCUCACCACCAUCUUGCUGGCUCUCCUCUUCUUCCUCCUUUUUUCUCUCCCAAGGUAUGCCUCAUAUGUCAUUUAUUAUUUCAGUUUCCCUCAUCCUGUCCUCUUGACAAUUGGACGAGGAAGUGCUACUCUCAAGAGCAGCAUCAACCCACUCCUUUAUUUCUUAGUGGGGAGGAAGCAGAGGGGAAAGAGUCAGCCCAGAACAUCUUUGAAGGUGGCUCUUCAAAUAGUCUUCAAGGAUGAGCAGCAGGACAGCCUGGAGGAACAGCAAGUUGCAAAGGAAGAACUUUCGUGA